CAGCAACAUCCCUUUCAUACUCUCCCGAGGCGAAGACUUCUGCAAUGCUUGCAUUCGGAACGGAUAUAUAAGCAUUUCGUCGGAGUUUCAUAUACCUUAUGCAAGGAAGAACUUUUAAUUUUGGCAAUCCACAGCGCCACUCACUCAUGAACCACCACAUAUUAAGAACAGCGCCUUGAUCUUGCUUGUGAAUGAUUACCACCAACUUCGUCCAGAAGAGAUGGCCGAAGUACUCCUCCAAUCUGCCCUAGCGGCCUCAAAAUCCAAACAUCUUGCGGCCGAAGCCGCCCUGGUCAGACGCAACUGCCUCACGCAACACCAGCAACAGCACCCUCAGCCCGAGCAUGAAGCCAAACUCACCGACACGGCCUCAAUCGCCUCCUGUCCAGACUGUUACGCCGCCCUAGUCGAGGCCCUACGCGUACGCUUUUUUUCCCUCACAACCACUUCACCCGGCCCCAACUACCCUCAUCAACAGCAAGAACAACAACAACACCCAGACCAGCCCCAUCCCCAGGCCCAGCCAAAACCUCCAUCACCAUCACCACCAUCGGGACAACAAUCACAACAACAGCAGCAGCAGCAACAACAACAACAACAACAAAAGGAAUGGUUCACCCCCCGCCGCGACUUCCUCUCCGAUCUCUCCCUCUUACUCAACCACGCAAGAGCGCGCGAGGUCCCACCGGGUGUGAUCGACGCGCGGGUGCAGGAGGAGCGCGCCCGCUGGUACCUCGAGACGGUGCGCAGCAGUUCGCUGCCGCGGCUUCUUGUCGCGGCGGCGCAGCCGUCUCCGUCUCCGUCCGUGGGUGGUGGUGGUGGUUCUGAGGCAGAGGGAGGCGAGACUGAAACAGUAACCGAAGUGGAGGAGAGAAAAGCCGCGGCUGAGAAGCUGGCCCUUCUUCUUCCCCCUUAUGGAUCGGUGGCGGAUGGUCGUGGUGGUGGUGGUGAUGAUGAUGAUGAUGAUCCGGUUCGAUUGGCAAGGGAGGUUGCGCAGCUUGUCCAACACGCCCUGGGGUGUUCUCCGGAUAGGGACAAGGAGCGUGAUGCGGCGGGGAGGUUGGGGGAUGUGUUGCUUCGGGGCGGGGAUGCGGAGGAAAUAGUGCAGGCCUGGAGGGAGGCGUGUUUUACGGUGACCGAUGCGAGCAGCAGCAGCGGAGGCGUGCCGGAGAAUCAGAAAAAGUACCUGGAGAUGCUGGGCCAAGGGUUACCCAUAGAGCAGGUGGUGGAGCGGAUCGCGGAGGACAGGCAGGCCGCGGCGGGCGCGAGAGCCCAGGUCCGGGAGCUCAGCCAGCGGCUGGACGACCUGCGCCGGGCGAGGGCCGCCUACGAGCUGCAGAAGCGCAGGCGGGAGAGCCAGGCCCAGGAGAGGGUCCCGGACGACGUAUACAAUCUCCCAGCGUGUGCCGUGUGCGGGGAGGUGCCUGCGCCUAGCGGGUUCUUCUGCUGCGGCGUCUGUGCGAUACUGCACGGCAAGGGCAUCGUCCCGCAGCAGACCGUGUUCUGCUCCCCGCGGUGCGAAGAGAAGGGACAUGCCUCCCACGCGGAGUCACACACCUGCGCGUCUGGCGCUCGCUGUAUCCAACUUCUCCAGGGAGAAGCCGCCCAAAGCGAUGGGGACACGCACAUGCGGGAACCGCCGCCAGCCCCAGGCGACCUCUGCUUCUGCACCGAAUGUCUCACCACGCUGGCGCAGCCCACGAUAUGGUGCUGCCUUGCCUGCGCAGACGCCGACUUUCAGCGCCACCGCGAGGAGAUACACCUCCCGGAGCGCAAGACGCUGGGACUUGUUGUGGACGACGAGGGCCAGCUAGAGUACAUGGACGGGGCCGCCGACGAUGGCAGUGAUCGGAGAUAUCGCGCCAAGGAUAUUAGUGCGCUUACGACAUCGCUCGAUCGGGCGGCUGGGGAAUGGGAGGCGAGGAACCGGGUGACACUGCGAGACCUAAGCUAAGGAACAGAUUGACGCGCUGAGUCAGUGUGCGAUCACAAUCUCGGUAGCUCUGCCACUGUAGCCAGGCAGGCAGUCAAGCAUGGGAAGAGGAACUUGCGGACACCACAGGCUAUAUCAUAAACGUCCGUCAGGAUAGAAGCUAU